AUGGCUUCCGCAACGACUCAGAACCUUUCCUUCGUCCUAGAAGGCAUCCACCAGGUCAAGUUCGAAGAUCGCCCCAUUCCCGAGCUGAAAAGCCCUCACGAUGUGAUCAUUAAUGUCAAAUACACCGGAAUCUGCGGCAGUGAUGUUCACUACUGGGAACACGGCGCAAUUGGUUCAUUCGUCGUAAAGGCCCCAAUGGUGCUGGGGCAUGAGUCGGCGGGAGUGAUCAGCAAGGUCGGAUCGGCUGUCACCUCGUUGAAGGUGGGCGAUCGGGUCGCCAUGGAGCCCGGCAUCGCCUGCCGUCGAUGUGAGCCCUGCAAGGGUGGCAAGUACAACUUGUGUGAGAACAUGGUCUUUGCUGCGACCCCGCCUUAUGACGGUACCCUGGCCAAAUAUUAUGUCCUCCCGGAGGACUUCUGCUACAAACUUCCCGGACAUCUCUCGCUGCAGGAGGGUGCCCUGAUGGAACCUCUCAGUGUCGCCGUCCAUAUUGUGCGGCAGGCACAGGUCAGCCCCGGUCAGUCGGUUGUUGUCUUUGGUGCCGGGCCUGUGGGUCUCUUGUGCUGUGCGGUAGCAACUGCGUUUGGUGCCUCCAAGGUGAUUGUGGUAGAUAUCCAGCAGCCUCGCCUGGACUUUGCCAAGGACUAUGGAGUGUCCGGCACCUUCAUGCCCGGCAAGGUGCCGGCGACUGAGAACGCCGACCGCCUGAGGGUGGAGAAUGACCUGGGUCCUGGUGCCGAUGUCGCGAUUGACGCUUCUGGUGCCGAGCCCUCCGUCCACACAGGUAUUCACGUCCUGCGUAACGGUGGCACAUAUGUGCAGGGUGGGAUGGGCCGAAAUGAGAUGAAUUUCCCAAUAAUGGCUGCCUGUUCCAAAGAGUUGAACUUCAAGGGCAGCUUCCGCUACAGCAGCGGAGACUAUAAAUUGGCGGUCCAGCUGGUCUCGACCGGAAAGGUGGACGUAAAGCCACUUAUCACCGGCACCGUGAAGUUCGAGGAGGCGGAGCAGGCAUUCAAGGAAGUCAAGGCUGGAAAGGGCAUCAAGACGCUCAUUGCGGGUAUCGACGCGUAA